AUGGUUCAAACUUUUGGCUAUUUGGAGCAUGAUUGCACAUGGAGGAAGAUCAUGCAUGAUAGUUUUGAUAGAGAAGUAGGUGGAUCAUUUGGAAUUUUGCUGUCUAAAAGGAGUUGGCUUGUUGAUGGUAGAGCUAUUGCAAGGAAAGUAAAAACAUCUGGGCUUCCUUCAGCACUUCAAAUCCAGGAUUGUGGAGCAAAUUGGGAAUGUCCACAAUGCAGCUGCAGAAUUGAUAACAGCCAUGUGUCAAUCGAGUGGCCUGGGCUACCCAUUGGAGUGAAGUUUGAUCCAUCCGAUGUUGAGCUGUUGGAACAUUUAGCAGCCAAAUGUGGAGUGGGGAAUGAAAAGCCACACCCAUAUGUGGACGAGUUCAUCCCCACACUUGAUGUGGAGGAAGGAAUAUGCUAUGAACAUCCUGAAAAUCUUCCUGGUGCAAGAAAAGAUGGAAACAGUGUCCAUUUCUUUUACCGCACCACUAACGCAUACACUAGAGGUAGACGAAAGCGUCGGAAGAUAUGCAAUGGAUCUAGUUUGACCACGGACGUCCGUUGGCAUAAGACUGGUAAGACAAAGGCAAUCUUCAAGAAUGUAGUCCACAUAGGAUACAAAAAGAUAAUGGUUCUUUAUCAGACAUCUGUUGAGGGUUCCAAACCUUCUAAAAUAAACUGGGUCAUGCAUCAAUACCAUCUAGGGACCGAUGAAGAUGAAAAGGAUGGUGAAUAUGUGGUUUCCAAGAUAUUUUAUCAUACAAAAAAGCAGUCCCCGGAUAAGGGUUCUCGUGUGGUGGAAUUGGAUGCAUCGACCACUGUAACGAGUCCAGCAACUCCAGCGACUCCGAAGGCCGAUGCUCCUGAUCCACCACGGCCACUAAAGUCUGUACUAUACGAAGAUAAGGGUGGACAAUUAGCUAGAGUUGCGGGUGUUGUAGCGAAACUUAUUGCAAAAGAAGGGAAAUCGGCCACACUAAAAUUAUGUUCCGGGGAAGUAGAAGUUAGUUUGGUAUCCAAAAACUGCCCGGCAACAGAUGAACAAGCGGGUAAUAUUGGGGUGAACCGAAAAAGUAUGGAUGCUACGGGCGAUUAUCGUCUCCAGUCGCCGGCACAGGAAUCAGAGUGGUUUGAACUUAAGGAUGGUGUGAAGCUACCGGCUCGGGAAGACGAUUUACAAGCCAUUGAUUUGGAUGCAUUUCAUAACUCAUUCUUCGGCCAAGAUAACGCCGAUGCCUAUCACCCUAUACCUGGGUCGAGUUUCGUCACAGAUGAUGCUGUAGGAGCUGCUAGAGACACAAGUUUUGAAACCAUCGAUCUCGAGAAUCUAGACGUGGGUACUCCUCCAGAAUUCGACCUUACGGAGUUAUAUUUUUCAUCCCAAGAUAGUGUUUUCGGCGGGUUAGAUUGCUUAUAGUCACAGAGGAUGGAAAUUAAAUGUGUUGGUAUGAAGGUUUAAGACCACCAUUUCUGUGUUAUUCAUUCCUAUAUGUAUGCAUGCAUGUAUAUAGU